GAUUUAAAGCUAUAUCUUUAUCUGUAUGGACGUCGUCCAGCGUUCGUGAACCUUUUUUUACAACGCGAGGAUAUUAAGAAAGAAAUAGCCUCAAUUUCUGUAAAACUAUAUGAGUAUGUAACUGAGAAAAAGGUUAAGGUUCAACCUCCUAUGGAGGAUAUUUUCAAUGCCUUCAAAGGGAUAACCAAAUGGAAUAUUAGGGUAGUUAUCGUAGGUCAAGAUCCAACUCCAAUACCAGGUGAAGCCACCGGUAUAGCGUUUAGUUUAAAACAAAACUCAAAUCCAACUUCUGUUUCCACGGGCAACAUACUUAAGCUACUGGACAGGCAUGGUUAUAAGGUUAAUAUGAAAAGCGGUGACCUAACAAGUUGGGCAAAACAAGGUGUGCUUCUCCUAAACAGCGCACUGACCAUUACUGUCAAAUUGUCGGAUUCGGAUUGGCAUCAGACGCUUUGGAAAAAUUUUACAGAGGAGCUGAUUAAACACAUCAGCGAAAAAACAGAAAAAAACAUUGUAUGGAUGCUUUGGGGACAAAAAGCAAAAAACUUCCGUCAUUUCAUCCAAGAAAGGCAUUUAGUUUUGGAAGGAGUGCAUCCCUCCCCUAACAAUGGUGAUAAGUUUGCGGAACAAAACGAUUUUUUUAAAGAAGCAAAUACGUUUUUAGAAAAAAAUGGACGAGAAAAAAUCAAUUGGAAUUUAGCAUAA